GUGUCACAUUUGGUUGUCGCAACUAUGAAAUUAUCAAUAAAAAGCAAUGCAGUUUAGUGAAAGACUACAUGAAAUUGUUUGAUUUUCAAUGUUGUUAAAUUAUUUUGUAAUAUAUAAAAGUCUGAGAUUUAUAUACGCUGUCAGCAUGAUUAGAGUUUAUACAAUCCAUUGUAUAAGCUCCAGUUAUGCUGACAGCCAGUAUUAUCUUUGAAAGUGUAGAUAAAGUCAAAUGUUGUGUCUCCUCUGCCAGGAACACACAAUGCACUUUACUCACGUAAUCUCACUCAUAUUAACAGAAGUAACUACCAUACAUUUACCAUGAAUAGGACGUUUUUUCAGCAAUGGAUUUAUACGAUAAUAUCAAAACUGAAAUACAGCAUGGAAAUUAUUUUAUAAAUAGAUGGAAUUAAAGGUGUGUCAGUGGUGUUUAAUCUAAAAAUAAUUUAAAUUUUCACGCUACAGUAUAUAUGCCCAACUUGCAACCAGUGGCAUGAGUUCAGGCCAGCCCAGGACUGUGGUGAUUAGAAGAAUGGAGCAUGUUUAGGAAACCUGUUUGAAAACAGAUAUGUUUGAUAUUCAGAUGGGAGUAGUGCAGAGAUGUAAAGUAUAAUAUAUAAAAGCUAUUAGCCUAUGUAAUGCAUGCCAUAUAGACUUGCACAAGAAACCCACCUGAAUGUGAUAAAUAUUCCCAACUCCAGAUGUCAAGGCUGAAAAUUGUUCGGAGUCUACACACUGAUAAUGUGAUAAUCUUUGUUUUGGUUCAGAAGCUGCCUCUUCGAUAGGAAGAGGAAGGCUUAGACAAAAACUGUUAUACACAUCUCUCUUCGAGCCCUCGAUGAGCGGGUGAAACUUCCUCUCCGUCUUCUUAUAUUUGGAAUUCAAUUAACAUUAAAGAUGGGCGAGUGGGACUUUCUCGGAAGACUGCUGGAUAGAGUCCAGACGCACUCAACGGUGGUGGGAAAAAUCUGGCUCACCGUCCUGUUUGUGUUUAGGAUUCUAGUCCUUGGCGCCGGUGCCGAGAGAGUUUGGGGCGAUGAGCAGUCAGACUUCAUCUGCAACACAGAGCAGCCGGGGUGCGAGAACGUCUGCUACGACCAGGCGUUCCCCAUCUCACACAUUCGUUUCUGGGUGCUGCAGAUCAUCUCGGUGUCCACACCUACUCUGGCCUACCUGGGCCACGUCGUCCACGUCAUACAUGUGGAAAAGAAAGUGAGAGAGAUGAUGAAGAAAGAGCUUCAGAACGAGCAAAUCAAUCUGUUCCUCAAGAAAGGCUACAAAUUCCCUAAGUACAGCAGGGACAAUGGAAAGGUCAGCAUUCGGGGGUGUCUCUUGAGAAGCUACAUUCUGAGUUUGCUUUGCAAGAUACUUUUAGAGGUGGGUUUCAUCUUGGGCCAGUACUACCUUUAUGGCUUCACUCUUCAGGCCCAAUUCGUCUGUGUCCGUUUUCCAUGUCCUCACAAGGUGGACUGUUUCUUGUCAAGGCCUACUGAGAAAAGCAUCUUCAUUUGGUUCAUGCUGGUGGUGGCCUGUGUCUCUUUAUUCCUAAAUGUGAUUGAGAUCUUAUAUCUUUUUGUCAAGAAGAUCAAUGAGUGUCUCAGCCACAAAAAGGACUACACCAUUACACCCGUGACCCCGGUUGUGAACCGGAAGGACUUCAAAAAUACAGAUCAGGUGGUUCAGAACUGGAUGAACCGUGAGCUGGAGCUUCAGAGGAGGGAACCUGGCAAUGAGGCAACUAAGAGUGUGGCUUCAGAGGAGCAUAGUGCUGACGGGCAAGAGGUCCAUAUCUGAUCAGCAGGUCUCUGUACACAAUGGCUUUCACACGGUCAGCUUGACAAACAGCAACUGAUCCAAGUGACUUGUGCAUGGUCGAGACCCCCAACUUCAAGCACGCUAUGACCAUCUCUCUCUGUUUAACAAAUCAAUAAUGUACUGCUGAAAGUUCUUCUGUUUUUGUUUGUUUUUGCCUUUUUUCUCAUUUAAGUUGGAAAUUGU